AUUCCAUGCACUCUAUGCAAGAAAAUCUCCAGCUAUCCAGCUGCAAAUGCCUACAAGACCUUGUCAUGUUUUCAGUCCAAGCAACACUUUAGCAAGGGAAACUCUAGCAUGUUUCAACAACCCAUUGCUAGGAAGAUUGAGAAAAUCCCCACUCCAGCACCCAAUCAAUACUAUGGAACUUUUGCCAAGAAGCUCAAGGCAGGUCACAACAUCAACAAUUCCCUCAUCAAGGUGUCUCCCAAGGAUAUAACAUCUUGCUUCAAGUUAAAGACCUAACGAGGUCUAACAAGGAUGGACAGAUUUACUCCAGAGCCUGCAACCUAUCAGCCACAUAAACCUACCAGGGAAGCAAAGAAAGCUCCUUUCAGGCAAAAAUUCUGCUUGAAUCUCCCUGCUCCAGCCAUCCCACCUUGUAAAGGUUCUCCUUUGCCUGGGCCUGGGCAGCACAACCUUGUGGAUUACAAAGGCUCUCCGAAGCAGGACUGCUCAAGUGCUGUGUUUGUCUCAAACACAGGGCAAUGGACAGGGAGCGGAUCACACGAAGGGUUCCCUGGGCCAG